AGCGGUGUAACUUCGUUGGAUAAAAUUCAACAUGGCGCGGUACAUGCUGCACUCUUGAUAUGGCUGCUGCAGUUUUUGGCUGCGGUGAGAUCACGGUUUCUUCCAAAGAAAUUGCGAACCGGUUUUUUCCAAUGUUGAGGAGAGAAGUACUAUCGCUUUACAGGCGAAUAUUUCAAGUAGCAAGGCAGUGGAAAGCUACAACAGGUGCAGAUACUGAGGCAGAGAGACGGUACAUCCAAGAUGAAGCGAGAAAAUUAUUCCGUAAGAACAAGAAUAUCACUAACACAGAGGAGCUAAAGCUUUGUCUUCAUGAGGCCAAUGCGCGAGUAGAGAUUGCCCUUCAUUAUGGAACACCUUAUCCCAGAAUGAUACACAUGCCACCAUCAGCUGUCCCUAAAACAAAUACAAAAGAGCGGAAAACCCAAGAACGAAUUAGAAAGCAGGCCAAACCUGUUUACAUGCACUCAGAUGAUGAUGUUGAUAAAUAAACAACUUUGGCAUUGGACUUUCAGGGCUAGUGAGCAACGGAGUUAACAUGAGUAAAUGAGUACACUUGUGACCCUAGUUUGAU